CGUUCAUAUAACAAAUACCUACGAAGGCGCCAUCUUUUUUACACAUUUGUACACGAUAGUUUGAGAAGUUCUUCACUGCACAGAGACCAUUUCGAUUUCCAUAUGUUCACCUAUAGAGGCCGUGGUGGCCCAUCCCGGUCGACACCGUCUAGCGUCCAGUGCCAGAAAUGCCUAAAGAGAGGCCACUACUCAUAUGAGUGUAAAGCAACUGCCCAAGAGCGUCCCUACGUGUCGCGUCCAUCGCGAUCUCAGCAGUUCCGAAACCCCAAACUGGUGCCCAAGCUCACAAAUGAGACACUGAACCCUCUUGAGAAAAAGAAAGGUGUGGCGGAUGAAGAGCUGGCUAAAUUGGAAGCCGAACGCGCCCGCGAGCGCAAGCGAGAACAGAGAGACGAUGGGCUGAUUGAGCCAAACGUAAAGCGUCAUAGAUCAGUGUCUUCUCAUUCCGUUUCUACCAUCUCCACUGCCGCUCCGCGAUCACCAUCACCUGGUAAAGACAGGGCCAGAUCCCCUGCUCAGUCGCCACGAAGUCGAAGUCCCUAUUUAGACAACUCACAGCGUGGCAGGCAAGAUGACAGCCGCAGUCGCAGCCGCAGUCGCAGCCGCAGUCCUAGCCUGAAUCGUAGCCGAAGCCCUCGUGUGGAAGCUCGGCACAGGCGUUCCGACUCUGGUAGCAGCCCCUCUCCUGAAGAUUUUGACCGUCGCGACCAGUACAGGUCCCGGGACCCUUUACCUUCUGUCAAGGGGAGCGCGCCAGCGACGCAUCCUAGGGAAUACCCAUCGAAGUCUCGGAGUCCACAUAGCCUUCGUCGUCAACGUUCUGGGAGCCCAAGGUCGCCCCAACCGAGAGGCAGACGUGAUGAGAGGCCAGAUCGAUCCAGUACUAGACAUGACCGUGAGAGACUGCCACCUCGUGGAAGGUUUGAUGACAGAAGACAUGGACACGGAGGGCCGGGUCCUGGGGAUCAAGCACGAGAACGAAGCUUGAGUCCUUUCAGUCAACGAUUGGCUAUGACGCAAGCUAUGAAGGGUGGAAGACAAUGAAUUGUUGGGUAUAAAUGUAGAUAUAGUGUAACCGUCAUCGCACAAUGCGCCAGACCCCUAA